AUGGCAGCGGCACAGCUGUACCAUUAUGAUCCCUCUUUUAUAGUAGCGCUUAUAGCGCUGGUUGAGGCUGCUGGAUAUGCCUAUCGAGCAUUAUCAACCAGAACCUCCACCCUUCCCUACGCAAUCCAAACCUUUGCUCUUCUUCUCGGUCCAACUUUUAUGACCGCUAGUAUUUACAUGAUGCUUAGCAAGAUCAUCAUUGCUUUGGACGCGGAUACACACUCUCUUGUUCCGGUAAAGGGUUUGCCCAAAGUCUUCAUCUUUUGCGAUCUAGUCUCGCUCGCAGCACAACUCACAGGUGCUGCAUAUCUUAUCGAUGCAACGUUAGUCACCCAACAAAGAACAGCCCAACUCAUGAUCGUCGGCGGUCUCUCAUUCCAGAUUUACUUCUUCGGCUUCUUCACCUCUGUUCUCCAUAUCGUCCACAGUCGUGUCGUCGAGACACCAACUCGUCAAAGCACAGGUCUUACAAUACCCUGGAAACGCUGGAUUAUCGUUCUUUAUCUCUGCUGCGGCUUUAUUCUUGUCCGAUCCCUCUACCGCGUAAUAGAAUACGCCACUGGUCCUCUCGGCGUGGUUCAAAGCACCGAGAUUUACUUUUACGUCUUUGACGCAGGAUCUAUGUUUAUAGUCGCCGCUCUUCUGAAUAUCUUUCAUCCGAGACAAUUGGCCGGUAUAUCAAAGGAUGAUUUACAGGAUGUUGAGACUAUCGUCGCCACACCCUCGAAGCCUGUGAUGUAUCAGCCACCGCGGUACAUACAACCGCCACCAUUUCUUCCUUCGCAUGCGAAUUUGAGGAAUCGCGGACCGUACUUUCAUCAUCAAAAGAGUCAGUAUCGGACAACGGAGACCGCAUACGCUUAUGCAUCAGCGGCCGAGGACGAAUAG